AUGAGCGAUAGCAAACAGUCACAGGAGCAGAUAUUUAAAGAGCGUGAGGAGGACCUGAAAAGACUGUCUCGCCCGCUGGCCUGCACCUGCUUCAGAACGUCUAUUUGGGACGAGACGCUGUAUAAAGCGUGGUCCAGUAUCGUCUAUCAGCUCAUUCCUAACGUACAGCAGCUCGAGUGCAACCUACGCAACUUUGCUCAGAUAAUUGAGGCAGAUGAAGUCUUGCUUUUUGAAAGAGCUACUUUCCUGGUGAUCUCUCAUUAUCAGUGUAAGGAGCAGCGUGAUGCUCAUCGCUUCGAGAAGAUCAGUAACAUCAUCAAGCAGUUCAAGCUGAGCUGCAGUAAACUGGCCGCCUCUUUCCAGAGCAUGGAGGUGCGCAACUCUAACUUCGCCGCCUUUAUCGACGUGUUCACGUCCAACACCUACGUCAUGGUGAUCAUGUCAGACCCGUCCAUACCGUCUGCUGCCACGCUCAUCAACAUCAGGAACGCCAGGAGACACUUUGAGAAGCUGGAGCGAGUGGACGGGCCCAAGCACAGUCUGCACAUGCGCAUGCGCUAGACUCGCCGCAUACAGC